GGCAGCACGUGUAGUUGGAACAAGCCGGGCAUGAAAUUAAGAAUCUGUUAGAGCGGCAGCGAGCUACCAUGACGGUAGACAGGAAGCAAAUAGAGCCCAUUUGAUUCGAAGAGAUCGGUUAGCGGGCGAGCACGUUAUGUGAGACUGAUUGAAACGAGCGCUCACUCACUUGUAUUGUGCUUUCAUACAUUCAUAUCGGGUUGUUAUGAAAUGAAUGACCGGCAAUAAAUCAGCCUUUCGAUACGCUUUCCGUUCUCUGUUACGAAAGAGAAGCGUAACGAGCCAAGAGAGCAUUUAAACAUUAAUACUUAAUGUUUUAAAGAACAAAAUGAAUGAGGACGAGUAUUUGACGAUAGAAUCAUAAAGGAUUUCAGAUGUCGUGGCCGAGAGACGUUGUUUAGACAAUGCCCGGCCUGGUUGGAGUCGCUACAGCGUCCGCAUUUCUCCAGAUAUUACUAUCAUUUUCUGCCGUGAACGGCGUCAGCUGGGAGGAAUGGUGGACCUACGACGGCAUCUCAGGUCCAGCUUUCUGGGGUCUAAUCAACCCAGAGUGGUCGCUAUGCAACAAGGGUCGGCGGCAGUCUCCAGUCAACCUCGAACCAGAGAAGUUGCUCUUCGAUCCAAACCUACGGUUUUUGCACAUAGAUAAACAUAGGAUAAAUGGAUUAAUAAGCAACACGGGUCACUCGGUAAUAUUCACCGUGGAAAACGAAACUCGGCAUCACAUCAAUAUAACGGGCGGGCCGCUCUCAUACAAGUAUCAGUUUCACGAGAUCCACAUACAUUAUGGCCUCCACGAUCAAUUCGGCUCAGAACAUGCGAUUAACGGAUAUUCUUUCCCCGCUGAGAUUCAAAUAUUUGGUUUCAAUUCACAGCUGUAUUCAAACUUUUCGGAGGCUUUACAUAAAGCCCAGGGGAUUGUUUCAAUUUCUUUACUAUUACAGCUUGGUGAUUUAUCUAAUCCAGAACUAAGGAUUUUAACUGAAGAAUUAGAAAACAUAAAAUACGGAGGUGCGGAGAUGCCCGUAAACCGUUUAUCGGUACGAGGACUACUCCCAGACACGGAUUACUACAUGACGUACGACGGCUCCACCACCGCGCCCGCCUGCUACGAGACCGUCACGUGGAUCAUCGUCAAUAAACCUAUUUAUAUCACCAAACAACAGUUGCACGGUCUAAGGCGUCUCAUGCAGGGCGACGCUCGUCACCCGAAGGCACCGCUGGGAAACAACUUUAGACCUCCACAACCCUUGCACCACCGCGCUGUAAGGACUAACAUCGACUUUGACUUGAGCAAGUAUCCUGGAAAAACUUGUCCAAGUAUGCAAAGAAAUAUGCAUUAUAAAGCAAAAACGUGGACACAGUAUUGAAAUG